AGAAGGAGGCAGGAGUCUAAGUCUUAGAGUCUGAUAGACAGAAAGAGAGAGAGAGAGACUUGCAGAGAGUGGGGAGAGAGAGAGAGAGAGAGUGGGAGAGAAAGAAGAAGAAGAAGGAAAAGGAAUAGUGGAAUAGUGAGGGGAAAAAGAGUGAGGGAGAAAGAGAGAGUGCGCUCCUGAGAGGAAACAAGCGCUCUCAGCACUUUCCUUCCAAGUCACCGGCGGCCGUGUGUUCAGCUGUCACUCACGCAGUGGAUGUCAGACUGAUAGCUGAUCAGCUUCCCUGGAUUUCGCUGACGACGCCGCUUUGUUUCGCCUGAAGAUGGAAACGCUGGAGUCGGAGCUGACCUGCCCAAUCUGUCUGGAGCUCUUCGAGGAUCCGCUGCUGCUGCCGUGCGCCCACAGCCUGUGCUUCCACUGCGCCCACCGCAUCCUGGUGUCCCACUGCAUGAGCAACGAGUCCGUGGAGUCCAUCAGCGCUUUCCAGUGUCCCACCUGUCGUUAUGUCAUCGCCCUCAGCCCGCGCGGCCUAGAGGGACUCAAGCGCAACGUCACCCUACAGAACAUUAUCGACCGCUUCCAGAAGGCGUCGCUGAGCGGGCCCAACUCGCCGAGCGAGACGCGCCGCGAGCGCGCCGCCUCCUCGUCCGCCGCCACCACCGACAAGGACGUCGGCCCCGCCGCCAUGACGACCUCGGCCGGCAGCGGCGAGCGCGUCCAGUGCCAGUUCUGCGAGCAGGACCCGCCGCAGGACGCGGUCAAGACGUGCGUCACCUGCGAGGUGUCCUACUGCGAGGAGUGCCUCAAGGCCACGCACCCCAACAAAAAGCCCUUCACCGGACACCGGCUCAUCGAGCCGCUGCCCGACCAGCACCUGCGCGGCCUCCUGUGCCUGGAGCACGAGGACGAGAAGGUCAACAUGUACUGCGUCACCGACGAGCAGCUCAUCUGCUCCCUCUGCAAGCUCGUGGGGCGCCACCGCGACCACCAAGUGGCCGCCCUCAGCGAGCGCUACGACAAGCUCAAGCAAACUCUGGAUUCUAAUCUUAGCAACCUGAUCAAGAGGAAUAACGAGCUGGAGGGUCUCAUGGGCAAGUUGAUCCAGACCUGUCAACAUGUAGAGGUGAAUGCAGCUCGACAAGAAAACAAGCUUCUUGAGGAAUGUGAUAUCCUGAUUGAUAUCAUACAACAAAGGAGACAGAUCAUCGGCUCCAAAAUUAAGGAAGGGAAGGUUGUUCGUCUGAGGAAACUUGCACAGCAGAUAGCGAACUGCAAGCAGUGUAUAGACAGAUCGUCCAACCUCAUCACUCAGGCUGAUCACACCCUGAAGGAGACAGACCAUGCUCGCUUCCUGCAGACCGCCAAAAGCAUCUCGGAGAGAGUCUCUAUGGCUACAGCAUCAUCUCAAAUCCUGAUACCAGAGAUAAACAUGAAAGACACAUUCGACACAUUUACAUUAGACUUCACCCGAGAGAAGAAAAUGCUGGAAAAUUUGGAUUAUCUCACAGCCCCCAAUCCUCCUGUAAUCCGAGAGGAAUUAUGCACGGCAUCUCAUGACACAAUCACUGUCCACUGGACAUCUGACGACGAGUUCAGCGUUGUUUCCUAUGAACUGCAGUAUGCCAUCUUUACUGGACAAUCCAACGUUGUCAGUCUGUGUAACUCGGCAGACAGCUGGAUGAUCGUGCCCAACAUAAAGCAGAACCACUACACGGUGCACGGCCUGCAGAGCGGCACCAGGUACAUCUUCAUCGUCAAGGCCAUCAACCAGGCAGGCAACCGCAGCAGCGAGCCGGGCAAGCUCAAGACCAACAGCCAGCCCUUCAAACUGGACCCAAAGUCUGCCCACAAGAAGCUGAAGGUGUCCCACGACAGCCUGACGGUGGAGAGGGACGAGACCUCGUCCAAGAAGAGCCACAGCCAGGACCGCUUCAGCAGCCAGGGGAGCUACGGGGUCACCGGGAACGUCUACAUCGACAGCGGCCGCCACUACUGGGAGGCUCUGAUUGGGGGGAGCACAUGGUUUGCUGUGGGCAUUGCAUACAAGUCUGCCCCCAAACACGAGUGGAUCGGCAAGAACUCUGCCACGUGGGUGCUGUGCCGCUGCAACAACGCCUGGGUGGUGCGCCACAACAGCAAAGAGAUGCCCAUCGAGCCGUCCCCGCACCUGCGGCGCCUGGGCGUGCUGCUGGACUACGACGCCGGCUACCUGUCCUUUUACGACGCGGUGGGCUCCCACCACCUCUACACCUACGACAUCUCCUUCAUCCAGCCGGUGUGUCCCGUCUUCAACGUGUGGAACAAGUGUUUGACCGUCCUCACGGGACUGCCCAUUCCUGACCACCUGGAGACCACGGAUUCUCAGGACUAAAGAACAAAAACAAAAACAAAAAAAGAUCCGGGAGUCUCCGGCACCCAACUCACUGAAUGCUCUUGCACAAAAAAGACUGUGUGCUGCUGCACUCAAAAGCACAGAAAAAGACUGAUGCCCCCUCCAGCUGUACAAAGUAGAUGAUGAAAAUAAACAAAGCCUUUAUUUCAAUCAUUCCUAAAAUCAUACUCCUAUGGUUCAUUAGUUUCUGUAGAGAAUAUUAUUUAUUUAAAUGGAAAAAAACAAGCAAUUACACAUAGAAAUUGUUUUGUUUUGCUUUUUUUGCUUUGCACAUCUUCUGUGUUCAUGCUUAGCCUAUUUCAGCCCCACAGGAAGGCAUUUUGCAUAGCUCUAAGUCGGCUAAUGUGAAAUCACUAAUGAGAUGCUUUUAUUUGUCUCUCACAUUCACAUGAUUUUGUCAGUUUGUUUAUCCAUGGUCCUGUGUUUAUGGACUACUACUACAGCUGUGGCACACGUCUUCAUCUCUACAAAACUAUCACUAAAGCCAUGACUAUUGCAACAGCAGCUUCUGUAUGUGAAAAGCGAAGUGUACAGAAAUGAACUCGCUAUAUUCAUUGUGGACUCAGGUGAUAAUGUUUUUUAAACUCAGCUUGAAAGUCACAGUUUGUCAUUUGGUAGUUUUAUAUUGGAACAGUUCACAUUUAAAAUACUAAUAACACAUCAUGUUAAACUGUGUAAGUAAAAGAGAUGACAGACAAAUAUGACCAUAUUAGGCUUUCCACACAUGUCACGUAUUGCAGCUAAUUCUUGAAAUGAAAAAAAUAUUGCACUAUAUUAAAAUAUUGCUUUCAAGUAUGA